CGUCCAGUGCCCACAGCAUCAUCGCAGAACAAAUUUCACUCAAAAAGAUACUCAGACAUGUCUAAUUCCGUUUCAGUCUUUGUCGUAUCCCCAGACACGCGCUCAGAGCGGCGCUAUGACCUCCACCUCACCGUCGGGCAGCUCAAGAGCAAGCUCGAAAUGAUCACCGGUAUCCCUGUCGCGAAUCAGCAGAUAUCAGUGUUUAACAGCGAGGAUGACGCGCAAGCCGUCGCGCACAUGUCCGAGGACAGCCGGCCGCUUGGGUUCUACUCCCUGCGGGAAUUCCAAACGCUCAAGGUCGUGGACACGAACCCAUCGACAUCGUUCACUGGGCAGCUGACGGAUGUGUCGCAAGUGGAGAAGUUCGAGUUGAGUAAUGAAGAGUAUGCUAAGCGGCAAGACUCUGUGCUAGCCUAUAAGAUGCGACACAAGGUCGGCCGCUUCGCCGAGGAGGACGCGUCACCUCAACCGAUCCCUAAACUCGAUGUUACUGUUGGCUCGCGGUGCGAAGUCGAAUCCACGGAGGAAGACUUCAAGAAGCGGGGGACUGUGCGUUUUGUGGGCCCGACGAACUUUGCGAAGACGGGCGUGUGGAUUGGGGUGGAGUAUGAUGAGCCCAUUGGCAAGAACGACGGAUCCGUCCAGGGAGAGCGGUACUUCACUUGCCUACCUAGUCAUGGGGCGUUUGUUCGUCCAGAUCGCGUCAAUGUUGGGGAUUUCCCCGUGGAGGAGAUCAACUUUGACGACGAGGAAAUGUAAUGUACGAGACUAUUUGUGCCCAACCCUUGGUGAAGGCGACGCGUCCAUUUAAACCCGUAUAUUAUCUCAAUGACCAAUUCCUGGAAAUUAGUUGACCAA